AGACCCUUACGAACUAUCUAGUUCUCAUCGAUGCUCGGCAUCGCAUCGCAUUGCAUCACAUCUUGAUUUCGUUCAUCUCGUCGGUUGUAAUCGAUAUCUCUCACUAGCCUGUCAUUUAAGCCCCCAAGUAUCCUCGUAGAAUUAUCAAACCAGCAAUCAUGAAUACCCGACCAACUCUCGAAACCCAUAGCGAUCCUGUCGCAUUAUCCGUCACCUUCAACAGCGACGCAAGUCGGUUUGUUGUCGGUUUGAACACAGGGUUCUGCAUUUUCCUCUCAAACUCUUGCCAAGUACAAACUGCGAGAGUCUUCGACGCAGGCCUCGGCCUCGUGCAGAUGAUGGGUAAUGCCAAUUAUCUUGCUCUUGUUGGUGGCGGCCGCUCGCCCAAGUUCCCACAGAACAAGGCCAUAAUAUGGGAUGACAGCAAGAGUAAAAUAGCACUGGAGAUAGCCACAUUAACCGCUGUUCGCGGCGUUCAGAUCUCUAAGACGAGGAUCGCUGUCGUGCUGCAGAACAGCGUGAGGGUGUAUGCCUUUCGUAAGCCGCCGCAGCCGCUUGCCAAAUAUGAAACCUCAGACAACCUUCUCGGUCUCUGUUGUCUCACGGAGGACAUUCUAGUGUUCCCUGGUAGGACCCCGGGCCAGGUCCAAGUGGUUACUUUAGCAACGGAUAGUGUUAGCAUUAUCCCAGCCCAUUCUUCAAAUCUGGGGGCUUUGCAGCUUAGUUCGGAUGGUGGACUACUUGCUACGGCAAGUGAGAAGGGGACGAUUAUUCGUAUCUUUUCGACUAGUAGUUGCGCGAAAAUUGCUGAACGACGGCGUGGCACGGAGUUUGCCACGAUAUACUCCUUGCGCUUUAGUCCGUCGGGGAACAUGCUCGCUUGCACCUCGGAUAAGGGUAGUUUACACGUUUUCGACGUCCCUAACCCGCGUAGAGCUCGGUCGGCGUCACCAGCCCCCAGCAUCGGUGGUGGCAGUUCUAACACCGAAGCCAAGAACAAAUGGGGCAUCUUGAGCAACAUCCCGUUCGGGCCAUUUUCUGAUAUUUACUCGUUUGCAUCGGUAUCUUUUGAGACAGGUGAGGAACCUCUUCUCCCUAGCAACACCACAGCUCGGGGAGACAGUCCCGUACUGGGUACUAGUAGGCCAGUGAAGGGAGUCAUUGGCUGGAUAGACGAGAGCACUUUAGCAGUCGUCGGUGCUGGACAGGAUGCACGCUGGGAGAAGUUUGUGCUCAAAGAGGAGGAUGGUCGUACCGUGAUCGUAAGGGAAGGAUGGAAAAAAUACCUGGGGAACUAGAGCAAACUCAAGAUUUAUUACGAGAACGACCCAGAUCACAAGGUGGGGUACUUUUUCUCAGAGCCGGGGGCUCGUUCUGGGAAAUAUUGAUAAAUAUGGGACUGGGACUGGGACUGGGACUGCGAAUUCAGCAUGGAGUAAAUGGACUCAUG